AUAGCAACCAGUGUUGGUACUUUUAGAGCUGGCAACUGGCUGUUGACCAACUGGACGUGUAACACGCUGCCAACCAACCAGCCCUAUCCAUGUCUGAAUCAGCCAAUCAAUGUCUAAGUCGCUCAGACAUACGGCGCAAACGGAAGGAACUUCUUCUUGGCAUAGAGAAAGCACACAAAUCCGAUAUCCAAACCUACAGCUCAGGUCAUCUGGGUCCAUACAGUCUCAAACCCCCUCACUGCAGGCCACACAGCUGCUUGGGCUCCUCUUCCCCGAAAGAAAGGAGAAACAUAACUGAUAAUGUGCAAGAAAUGAUGGAUGCUCUGUACAAUUUUACCAUGGCCACAACUUUACAGGUGCCUAGUAUUCGGAAAACCACAAAAAGCCCAAGUAAGGCAUCUGUGAACACCAGUAAAGAGAAGCCCAAUAAAAUGAAAGGUCUGGACGUGUAUGAACGUUUCCUAGAGAAGUCAAGUAAAGCACAACAAGGAAUUUCUGCGGCAUCUGUUAAGGUGGAUCAAGGCAAGCACUGGUUUAUAAAUUCACACUGGACUGGGCUAACCUGGAGUGACCAGCCAUACCUGAGACAACAGUUUAAAACACCAGUUUUGUGUACUGAACGCCUAAUCACCAAGAAGUGUUUAAAUAGUAAAAAGACCACAAAUGAGCUUGAGCACAAGCUUAUGCAGGCACUGAGGAAACUUCCUGCCACUGCAAGUCCCUGCAGAGAGCGACUUGCAGUGCUCAGUGAUGUCUUCGAUGACGUGUGUGAUGGCUCAAGUGUUUUCAGUAGCAUCCUUCGAGAAAUCAAGACAGAGUAUGAUUUGUACCUGAAGACGCUUCUCUCCUCCCAGUCAUGUCUACUGAAUAAGUCAGAUCCAGCUGGAAAGUUUAUAGAAACAAUGGAGUUAGAGAAAGCAGCAAGUCUAGUAUCAUCACUGGAAGACAAAGCCAGAAGAGCUCUAAAGGACAAUGACAAACUCAGAAUGGAGUAUGAGGAUGCUCUGCUUAAAGACAAAAGAACACAAAAGGAAAUUGAUAAGGGUUCUGAAAGUUCAGGUUCUAAACUGUCAGACCUUAUAACAAAUGAUGAAGAUAGGAUCUCUGGUGAGAAGCAGUGUGAGGCCAGUGAGGUCUCCUCCAUUGCUUAUUUGGAGACUAUGAGACAGGAGGUGUGGAGGGUCUGGAUGAGUGUGCAGAAGCUGCAGAAGGAGAUCAGAGAGAUAAUGGUGCCCACUACUACUAUCAGUGCUCUUGAGUGCUGCAUCACAGACUUAAAUGUUGAAAUAAUGCACUUUAUAGCCUCAAAUGAGCGUCUCAGGAAUAAGAACAAGGAUCUUGAACAAAACAUCUUAAUUAUUCUGAACAGAGCAAACAUUAGUGAGGAAACAAAAGCGCAGCUUGAAGAAAAAAUAUGGAACAAAUUGAAUGGAGAGGAUUAGGACACUAAUUAUUGUUUUAUUGCCUUUUUGUACUAAAUUUGUGAUUCAGUUUUGAGACCAUAUAAUUAGCUUUAUUAUUAAAAUUAAGAAAAACCUAGAUAGUUUAAUAGAAUGACUUAGACAGACUUAGACAACCCAACAAAACAUUUAUGAACAUUUAUUAAACAUUACUUACUUUAGAGCUGUUUAACAUGACAACAAACUGGAGAAAGUAAAAGACAAAAAUGACACAGAACAUAAUCUAUGAUACCAGAUUUAUCAUAACUAUGUAUUGUAUUUUAGUCAAUGCAAUAAACAGUAUUAUGU